AUGGAAGGACAGUUACUACAUUUUAUGGAGGAAAUAGAAGACACGGGAUCUCUAAUCUCCUAUCGCAAGAACAUUAUCAAGGUACAAAAUACUGUUAGGAAAGAGGAGGAACUGCAGGAGGAAGAGCUACAAGCCUGGCCAUCGCUCAUAUUCCUUGUCCAAGGUGAUGAGGAGGACUCCGAGCCUCUAGUCCAGAUAAGCAAGCAAGUCACUGUCUUGCCCCUGCUACUGGCUGUUCAGCUCUUUAGCAGACCCAUCAAGCGCCUUAAACAGGCAAGACAGCCAGUGUUAGGAGUUAAAAAUCAGACUUUAACUGAAUUCAUCCUGCUGGGACUCACAGAUGCACCAGAACUUCAAAUCUGUGUUUUCCUAUUCCUCCUCCUCACAUACAUUCUCAGCAUUAUGGGAAAUCUCACCAUCAUCAUCCUCACACUGCUGGAUUCCCACCUCCAGACACCCAUGUACUUCUUCCUCAGGAACUUCUCCUUCCUAGAAAUCUCCUUCACAUCCACUUUUACUCCUCGAAUGCUCGUCAGCAUCUCUACAGGAAUUAAGACCAUCAGCUUUGCUGGCUGCUUCACUCAGUACUUCUUUGCCAUCUUUUUAGGAGCCACUGAAUUCUGCCUUCUGACUGCCAUGUCCUAUGACCGCUAUGUGGCCAUCUGCAAACCCCUGCACUACACCACCAUCAUGAGCAACAAGGUCUGCACCCUGCUGGUCCUCUGCUCUUGGCUGAGUGGCUUCCUAAUCAUCUUAUUCCCAAUCAUCUUGACCAGUCAGCUGGACUUCUGUGCAUCCAAUGUGCUCAAUCAUUAUUACUGUGACUAUGGGCCCCUCAUAGAAAUAGCUUGUUCAGACACAAGGCUGCUGGAACGCUUUGACUUUCUCUUAGCAGUAGUGACCUUGUUAGUCACCCUGGUGCUGGUGAUUCUCUCCUACACUCGCAUCAUCAGGACCAUUCUGAAGAUCCCUUCUGCACAGCAGAGAAAAAAGGCCUUUUCCACAUGUUCCUCCCACAUGGUUGUCAUCUCCCUCUCUUAUGGAAGCUGCAUCUUCAUGUACAUAAAGCCUUCAGCAACAGAAGGAGUUGCCUUCAAUAAGGGUGUGGCUGUGCUCAAUACCUCAGUUGCCCCUUUACUGAACCCAUUCAUUUACACUCUAAGGAAUAAGCAAGUAAAACAAGCUUUCAAUGAUGUGGUCAGAAAAAUAAUGCAUCUUUAUUCCUUUUAG